GUUCAAGUCCAUCUCCGCCUGUUCAGCAGAAUGAUCCUCCCUAGUAUCUUCCAACUGACUACCUUGUGUCCGUUGCUCCAUCCAGAUUCACCAUGGCUUCAGAUCUAGAGACCAUCCGCAUUGGCUAUGUGCCUGAACACUACCUUACGCCUCUCCACCUGGCGCUGCGCUCCCCAGCCCUGGCUGCUCUCCCAUUCAAGCUCUCUCUGAUUCCCUUCCCCUCUGGAACGGGACACAUGAUCACGUCUCUGCGUGAGAAGGAAAUCGAUGUCGCCAUUGGAUUGACCGAGGGUUGGGUAGCUGGCCUGGCUGGUAAGCAGCAAGCCCAGAAGGACCCCUCGGAGGGCGGCUACAAGGUGAUCGGACACUGGGUCGAUACGCCUUUGCGCUGGGCCAUUGUCACAGGUCGGGAGAGAGAAGAUAUCCACACGGUGGCUGAUCUCAAGGACAAGCGCGCUGGUGUCAGUCGUCUCGGAAGUGGCUCCCACAUCAUGUCUUUCGUCCUCGCUCAGAAGCAAGGCUGGAAGCCUGACUCGCUGUCCACUGUGCCCUUGGGCCCCUUCGCUGCUCUCCGCAAUGGAGUGACCGGAUACGAUUCGGAGCAUCCCGAGCAGGAGCCGAAGCCCACGGCCGAGUUCUUCAUGUGGGAGCACUUCACCACGAAGCCGUAUUUCCAUCCCACUGAAGAGAAGCCUCAUCCCGCCUUGAAGAAGAUCGGUGAGAUCUACACUCCCUGGCCGUCUUGGAUGAUCGUGGCGUCUACUUCAUCUUUCUCAGAUCUGGAAGCGGAUGGCAAACUGCAACAGCUGCUCAAGCUUCUGGAUCAGGGCAUCAAGGACUUUGAAGCCGACACUGCUCAGGUUGUGAAGCUCUUGGGUACUGGGGAGUUGGGCUGUAACUACGGAGAGGAGGAUGCUAAGGAAUGGCUCAAGGAUGUCAAGUUCACAGAAUCGACUCGGGGUGUGCAGAGGAAGCUUGUUGAGGGUGUGGUGGACGUUCUCAAAGUGGCAGGAGUGAUUGACAACAGCAUGACCAAUGAUGAGGCCGUCGCAAGGGUCAUUGGCAUCCAUCAAUGAAAGCCAUGAAUUACCUAGGCCCCUACCAUCAACGGCGGCAAAUCUGAGGCAUCUGUGUGCAAUGCCACAUAGCCCGGCACCUUUGUGUUCGUUAUGUUAAUUAUGAUCUCUCAACUCACUGGCUUCGGCAGAAUUUGGAUAAAUUGGACAAGCAAUUGAUUUCUG